GUUACAUUACAAGUGAGAUUAAAAUCCUGCUAAUGUUUUCAUCUGCUUACAGCAGUCUCCUAAAUAAAUUUUAAAUUUUUCUCAUUCUUUCUGGAAGUUUUUGUCUUCUUGGUUCCUGAGCUUUCCGGUCAGUUUUGACAUUUUGGCACAAUCUGACAGUUUAGUUUGCCAUUGCUCUCUGGUAGGAACUUGGUGCAGUUGUUGUUUUAAAUGGGCCUUCUCAGUAGGUACCAGUAUAACUACUGGUUUUAUUAUUAUUUAUGAUGAUGAUGCUCCCUUUCGGCUCAGCACCUGGGGUGGGGGGGAAUUGCCCACCCCAUAAAUAAAUCCAAUGCUGAGUAGGGGCUUGCCCUUAAAGUGUGUAUAGGAUUGCAACAUUACUAAUGGAGUAUUUUAAGAGUUCAGCUUUUAAAGGCAUGCCCACCGAGAAGUCCCACUCCUGUUGGUAGGAUUUCCUCCCUAGUAAGAGUGUCUGUGUAGGACUGCUGUCUAAAAGCCAAAUUGAAAACGAAGGGGAACUUUGGUCCCUCUCCAAAUUUCGAAGUUGGAAACAGGUUCAAUUUCUGUGUUAAAACAAAUUUGAGGACAAGGCAGGAAAACCAGUGUUGUGGCAAACAGUCCUCUUCAGAGCAGAACCAUUGAAGAUAAUGGCCAUGAUUGAUUUAGGCGCACCAAUUUCAGUAGGUCUACUCGGAAUAACACUUAGUUGGGUACAACCCUAAGCUUCCUUUGUUUUUAGCUCGAGUCGAGAGUGGUCGAUUCCGGCAUUGACGCAACUGAGGCAAGGGAGCAUUUUGGGCCCUGUUCUCUCGCCUGACGUAACCUGGACUGUACCACUUCAAAGUACGAGGUGGUAAUCUCACCUGUGUUUUUUAAAAGUAAGUGCCAGGUUUUUUUCAUGACAUGGUGAUUUUCUAUCGGAGGGUUUUUUAAAAAAAAUUAAAAAGAGGAUAAAAACCGUAAUUAUUUAAACUCUUUUCCCCCCUUCACUCUGAAGUGGUACAACCCAACGUGAGCCAGCCGUGCCAGAGAGUGCGCGUAGCGCAUGCCGGGAAAACUUUGCCUUUCUUCCAUUUCCCUAACGUACCUUCACCCGCCUCGUUCUGAGACGGUUGAAUUCCCAACCGUUGCGUCACAACGGAAAAAGCCGGCGCUUUCGCCCAAUAGGAGGACGCGCGUCUUUGCGGCUGGCCAAUGAGGAGGAGGAGGUGGGGAGACAAAAGGUUUGCGCGUGACGUAGGCGCAGACGGGGGUUUGGAGGCGGCGGCGAAGUGAGUCAGUCUGAGGGGAGCGACGUCGAGACAAGAUGGCGGCGAUAAUGGCGGCCGCGGGAGGAGCAGCGGCGCUGGCGACGGUAGGGCCCGGCCUCGCCGGCUCAGCGGUGGCGUCGUCGUCGUCCUCGUCGUCGUCCUCCGGCGGCUACUGCCCGCCAGCCCUUCCUCCUCCGGCUCUCCCUCCGCCCCCCGGCGCGGUCCGCAUCGGCGACCGGCUGUACUCGGGGGUCCUCAUCACGCUGGAAAACUGCCUUCUGUCGGCCGACGCCCUCCGCUUCACGCCUUCCAUGAGCAGCGGCCUGGACGCCGAGACCGAGGCUCAGCUCCGAGUCACCGGCUGUGAGCUCAUCCAGGCCGCCGGGAUCCUGUUGCGGCUUCCUCAGGUGCGGAAGGAGCGAGCGAGCGCUAGGCCUAAACCUAAGGCCUAGGCCGCACUCGCCUCUGGAAGGGAGGCCUUGAAAUGGGAUUAAGGAGGGCCGGGGAAGAAAAAGGAGAGAAAAGGUCAGAGAGAACCGGGAGGGGGCUUCGUUGGGCGGUUGAGGGCAGUUGGAAGGUUCUGGAAGACGGUUGGAAAAGAACCUGUUAGAGAUUCUGAGCGUGUAUCUGUCGUGGUGUUGUUUUUCGUCCUAUCUGAAUCUAGACAUCGAGGCUUCAGGAUCCAGCGCUUUUAUUUUUAUAACUUAGUUCGUAUUUAGUUCAUACAAAAAAAAAUAUGUAUCUUGCCUUUGAGUCAUUCAGGUAGCUUCACAAGUCUAUCCAGAAGUCAAUGUAAGAGAAUUGCAGGUAAAGGUAAUGUACUGUGGCUUUUGUACAUAUGUAUGCAUUUAUAUGAUAAAAAGUAAGCUAUUUUCUUUAGCGUCUUCAUAAGUUGGAAAAGUGUACAAUAAUUGUGGAGGGGGAAUUCUUUUUUCCUUCCGUAAUGAAACUCUAGGUGCUGUCCCAUCCCAUCCCUCCUUUCUUUAUUCAUUUUCUGCCCCCUCCCCGAAGCUCCUGCUUUUUAUACCAUCUCACCUGAUGGAAAGUGUUCUGGCAAACUGAAAAGCUGCAGUGUUAUUUGGUGAGUUUUUAGAUAGUAGUAGUAUAGAUAUUGCAUAGCUCUGUGUUCUCAAAGCCUGGGUCGUUGUUAGUAGUAUGUUUUUAUACAGCUGUGAGAAAGUUCCGUUCUUCCUGGGAAGAUACCGACAGCUUUAGAUAAAGAAUCACUAUAUUUCUAUCCUGCCUCCUUACAGCAGUAAAAUGAGGUAGGUUAGAAAGUUUCUGGCCCAAGGUCACUCAGUGAUUUCAUUGAAUGGAAAUUAGAGCCUGGGUCUUUCUGGCCUGGUCCAAGUUUAAUAGUCCAGCCACACUAUACCACCACACUGGAUUUCUUUUAGCUAAUUAUUGCAGCUAGUUUAUUUUACAAUAAAAGUGCUACCAUGCUAUAUAUAUGAUUAAAAAGCAUGACUCUCCAGUGUGUCUAAAUAUAUUAAUACAUACCCAGUAAAAAGUGGAGAAGCCUAUUAUAGAGAGCAAUAAAGUUCAAGCUUCUCUGUUUUUAUUCCCCACCCCACUUCUCUUUCUGGGCACCUUAGCUUUCCUCUGAUCCUUUGGAUGUACCUGGCAACAGAAUGAGCUUUUUUGAGAGGGGUAGCCUUGUUAAUCUGUUGCAGCAAAAGCAACAGAGACCUGUGACACUUCAAAAGACUAGAAAAAGUAUUCUCCUAGAACUUCUGGAGCUAGAUCCAGAACUUAGUUCCAUUGAAAUCAGUUGGAACCUAAGCACAACUAAUUUCAUCUGGAUCCAAUAUUUACCAUUUAAGGUGUUACAAUACAAUACUUUGUUGUUAACAUUGGUGUUGAAUUCAUCAAAGAAAAUAGUCAUAUACCAGGUUGUUCUGUCCAUUCUGGACUGGAAUAGUACACCAUCACACACACCCUUUUCUGAGUGUGACUUAUUCAAGGAGGAGAGUGGAUUUAAUAGGACCUCUGGCUUGAUUCAUCAAGGCAAUUUUUGACUUUUGGAGGAUAAGUCUGUGGUAAUUUAACAAGUUAUUUUAUAGCAUUAAGCAACCUUCAUGAAUUUGCCUGGUAGUCAUGAUGUCUGCAUCAAAACUCUCAGGUUCGUGGGUGGUAUCCAAGUCAUGGAAGCAAAAGUGGGGCUUUUGCAUCCAGAGCAAAGUGGAGCCCCCAGGGGAGAGGACUCUUGCUCUCCCUUGCUUAUGUAGUUUCUGGAAGUAUUUGAUUGGUCACAGUUGGAAACUGGCUACCAAACUAGGUGGAUCUUUGGACAGAUACAGAAAGACUGUUUCCUGUAAUGGAUUAAAUAAAAUUAUGAAGGCUGGAUUCAUGAACAGGAGGAAUUCAUGGGCAGCUGGUUGACUGCUGUGUCAAACAGAACAUUAGACUAAAUGAACCAUUGGGCUGGCAAAGCAAGGCACAUCUAGAUUUUUUUUGCUGGGGGGUAAGGAUUUGGAUAGAUACAUGGUGUGCAGGUCUGUCGUUAGUUCUUGGCACUGAUAGCUUAGUGGAACCUCUAUGCCCAGAGGCAGUAUAACUGGAUACUAAGAGCUGGAUGCCAAUUUACAAAUAAUGGUUUUCACUAUAAACUAGACAGAUAUUGUUGGGAGGAUAAUGCUGUAAUACAUGGACUGACUGAUGCUUUGGAUCUGGGAUUGGGGCAGGAUGUUCUUAAAGGAAAAGAGUUCUAUAGGGAGGAGUGUGUGUUUGUGUAAUGAGGUAGGAUUUACAUUAAAAAUUGAACAUAGGGCCUUUUUUAAAGCUUGCUGAGAGGUGGUAGAAUUGUGUUGUUGGGGCAGGGGUUAUAACACAAUUUCCCCAAGCAGAAACCAUUUUGGAAGAGUAGUUUGAUGGCUUUCUGGAGAAAACAAGUUAGCAUUAUGUGUGUAAUAUGUUUGUGUACUUUUUUAUAUAAGCUAUAUAAUACACAGAUGCAGUAGAUAUAAUGUACUGUUACAAUUGUGCUUUAUGCUGGGGCUUCAGUUGGGAGGGUUCCUAAGAAGCUGCUGUAUUUUAAGGGAAAAGAAGAGUUGGUGGUCUUUUCCAAAAGCAAGGAAAGCAACUUGGAGAAGCACUGUUUGAGACUGUCUGACCUGGUCUUGAUAAAGGAAAGCCUGCUGACUAGAACUCCCAUGUUUUGGAUGUAAAUGUUUGGAGAAUAGGAGAAAGGUGGUUAAUUGGAUUUGCUGCUUUGUUCAGUUUCCCUCACUAGCACUGGAGGGGGGGUGUUGUUCUUCCUCCGGGACUGUUGAGCCCUAGAACUGAGGACCCUAGGCUGCCAAGGAUGAGUAGAUCUUAAAGAUUCUGAUAAGGACUCCUUCCCACCCUGGCAUGGGGAUUUCAGUGUCCCAAGAAAAGGAGGAAGGCAGAGAGGGAAAUGGCUUAAUGGAGGAGGUUCGCAAGCCCGUAGUUCUAUUCCAGGAAAUGAGUGAUGUAACAGGUCUUGCCCGGAAAUGACGCUAUCCCCUCCCUUGCUAGUCUUGUAUGUUUGCCAAGACAUUCCGGCAAGCCUGCUGGUUACCACCCUUUUGAGGAGGAUGUGGUGGUGUUUUUUUCUGUUCAAACUAGAAGAGUUUUUGGUAACAUUUCUCUGAUGCUGAAACUGUGACGAGUUCACUGUGGCUGAUUCAUCUUGCCUUGUAUCUAAGCGACUUGUUUUUGUUCUCAUGUUUUUAGAGGAAUCUGUUCUUGGUUUCUCCUUCUGGACUGCCUCUGAUCAAAUGUUUUGUGCUCAUUGAUUGGCUUUUGAAAGGACUGUGUUGCCUAGUUUUGAGGAGGAACUACGAUCUCUUUCAUUUAGCUCUUAAAUUUAACAGCUGGCUCUUUGGGGGGAAGCUUAGAUGAGCAAAGCAUUGUGGGCGGAUAAACUUUGUAUGGUCUGAAGACCUGUAUUAACACCAAGCAAAUGUUUCAAACUCACUAGCCAAGUUACAGUCAUUGGAUGAGGAUGGUUACAAUUUGGCUAGUUUUGUACCUAAAAAUACUUGUGACUCCCACCUUCCCAUCAUACAAUUGACAGAGCACUGAGAAGUUCUUUUGAGUUCACUCCACCCCUUUUUAAUUAUGUUACUGUUUCUGUUUUAUUGUAAUUCACUCUGGUAUCAUGAAAUUGAUGAAGAGCAAGAUAGAAAUGGUGUAAACAUUAUCUGUGGAGGAGGAAGGUUAUCUUUUGAGGGUCUUCAGUGACGGUUUCUUUCCUCUAGCAAGUGUUUGGCUUCACAGUACUAGGGCAGUCACACACAUAGAAGCUAUACUGUGUGACUAGGAUUCUGGAUCCAUGCAGGAGUAUUGGGCUACAAUCCUAACCCACUUACCUGGGAGUAAGCCAUAUUAAAUUUAGCUGGACUUAUUACGGAGUAGGUAUGAUUAAUAUUGCUAUGUUGAAUAGGAAAUAUUUCCUAAAACACCUUAGCAGACUGCUGCAUUAGUGCAGAGCUAAGAAAGUAAGUAAGGUAUGGGGAUAAAAGGAAAUAAAUGUGCCUCCCCAACUAUAUAGUCAACAGUUCUUAAAUAUCCAUGGCUUGUAAUUGGUCAGGGCUUAAAUCAUUUAUAGUGGUCUUACAGGUGCCGAAUCAGUUGUGGUCUGUUAGCAUUCCUUCCAACAUCUCUACAGUCAUACCUUGGGUUAAAUAUGCUUUAGCUUGAGCGUUUUCAGGUUACGCUCUGUGGCGACCCGAAAGUAACGGAACAUGUUACUUCCGGGUUUCACUGCUUGCGCAUGCACAGACGCUCAAAAUGACGUUGUGUGCAUGUGCGGAAGCGGCAAAUCGCGACACACGCAGUCACGGGUUGUGUUCUACUCAGGAUGCAAACGGGGCUCUGGAACGGAUCCCGAUUGCAUCCAGAGAUACCACUGUAUUUACUGUCAUAUUAAUAUGGAGUCUCACUUUUCUUUCUUAGGUUGCCAUGGCUACGGGGCAGGUGUUAUUCCAGCGUUUCUUUUAUACAAAAUCAUUUGUGAAGCAUUCCAUGGAGGUAUGGGCUUUGUUCUAUUCAAUUAAUAAUUGGUAUCAAUUUGAUUUUAUUGAUUAAGCAUGGUAAACUAGUUUGCUGAGCUUCCUGCAUGUUAGCCCAGUGUUAGCACACUGAUUUGCGAAUAAUUCCUAUUGAUCUCAGCUGUACCUAUUCCAAGCAGGUGUGCUGAAGUGUUAGUCACUGAAAUGUAUUCUGCAAGCUAUUCUGCCAUCUCUGUAACAUAGUGAUUCUUAAUCCUGAGAUUCUAGAAAACUUUUUUUAAAAUGGUUUUCUGCCAUAGUUUGCAUUUGAGGCAAAAAGUUCCAGAAAUCUAUUUGUGGUCUCUCCUUUAGAGGGGAGUUCCACAGUUGGGACUCAGCCAUAGAAAAGAAGCUCUCUGAAGGAGCUUCCCUGAUAAGGUCAAAUCUGAACUGAUGGUCUUUCAAGCACCCUGGUCCCAAGCUGUUCAGGGCUUUCAAAGAUAAUGCAUAUCCCUUUCUCAAUGUGCCCAUAAAUGCAUGGUGAAGCUCCUUGUACAAGAUGCUUACACUAGUCUGGUGGCCAUAUUCUGCAUGUUAUUGCUCCUUCAACUGUUGGAGAUAGUAAGAGAUCAGAAUAAAACUUAGCUAUGUUCCAUAUUCUUUUACAGCAUGUGUCGAUGGCCUGUGUUCACUUGGCAUCGAAAAUUGAAGAAGCCCCAAGGCGGAUAAGAGAUGUCAUUAAUGUGUUCCACAGACUUCGGUAUCUGAGAGAGAAAAAGUAAGUCAACUGUUACUCCAACUGUGUGCCUUCACACAGUACACACAGUAUCUGUUUCCAGGGAUCGUGGCAAUUACUCAAGGGCCAUUUGUGACUUGCAUUAUCCCCUGCCCAAAACUCCGGAGGAUUUCAUGCAACUCCAAAGAAUGUCCCUGAACCCCGCCUUCCCCCAAAAAACCUAAUUGGAAAUAAAGUUUCAGUGAGUUCCAACUUUUCCAGCCCUCAUUGCAUCCUCAACUAGUGGCGGUGUCCGGGUGAAAUUUUACAAUUUCAAAUUGUAACUUCAAAGGGUUGAAAGAUUGCUUAGGUGAGUGCUUCUUCUCCGAGAUUUUGGUAGUUUCUUCUUGAGAGGGGUCAUUUUUGGAGUAAGUUUGCACGACUCCUACGAGUCGGCUGUUCCAGAGGGAAGUUUGGGGUUCAAAAAGGAGACCAGUGCCAGUGUUGCCUAGACAGUUACAGACUUGAAAGUCUCCACAGUCAAUUCUCCAGUUCCUUGGAUAACCUGGUCCAAAUUUAAUCUUCUCAUGCUGUUCCCAUGAGACACCAAAGUUGUGUUAUUCCACUGAGGUAUGUCCAUUGUUGCUCUACUUUUGUAGGAGGGAUUUAAACUGAUUUUUUUUCUAUUUCCCCCCCUUAAAAAAAAUCCCAGGAAGCCUGUACCUUUGAUACUGGAUCAAGAGUACGUUAACUUGAAGAACCAAAUUAUAAAGGCUGAGAGGAGAGUUCUGAAGGAGUUGGGAUUUUGUGUACACGUGAAGCAUCCCCACAAGGUUUGUAUUUCUUUUGUAUGUUUAAGUUUGCCUUUUGAGCAGUGGAUAAGAAAUUAGCCUGUUCUUAAUGUAGCCAAACCAUUAGCAGUCUUUGUUUCUCAUUUCAAGAAUUGCCUGCUAGUUGAUCCUGUCUCAUUUGGUGAAUGAAGACUGGUUGCUUCAGGUAUUAGGUGCUGCCUAGACUUAGCUAUGCUUGAGUUCUCCAUUCAAAGUCAUUGGCAUGAAAGCAGCUUAUUCUUGUGCAAGCAGGUAACAACACCAUUGUGUAUCUAUUGGGUAGUGUGGAUAAGACUUUGGCGGGUCAGCCCUACAAGUGGCACAGUGCAGAACUACAUUUGUGUUGCUAAGAUGUUCCUACUUCAGAGAAGGACUGGUGGCUGCUUCUGUUCCUCCCACUUUGUAUGCUUUACUGUUUGGCUUACUUUUUGCCCUGAAAAUAAUUGAGACAUGUUCUAUCACUUUAAAGAAGCAGGGAGACAGUUUUCGUUGGCCGCUUUCAAUUUAUUUUGUCCCAAUUGUGCAGUCAUGGCUGGUACGUCACUUACAACAUCCCACUUAAUAGGUGGCACUACUCUAGCAUCUCUUGAGUUUUAUGUCUAAUUAACUGCCAAUAAGCAGAUCAUUACUUCAGCAUUAGCCACUCAUGGCUGGCUCCCCCAGGACGCUCAAGAGGUUAAAGCCCAGGUGAUGUCUUAGGUUUGCUGGAUCGUCUUGGACAGGGCAUGCUACAAAACCUGACAUACCUAACAAGAUUGUAAGUCUUGAUUGAAUUCUGCCCUGUAAAGGAACGGCAGGAUUAAAAAAUGGGCAGGAUACAUUGUAGCAUUUUCUAAGGUUAAUUAAAUCUGGUUUGACACCUGUCAGCUGUGGAAAUGUGAACCCUUCAGUAGUAGGUGGGGUUACCAUGAGUGGAAGCUUAUGAUAACCCAGUAGUGCAGGCUCCCAUCUUCUCUGACUUUUUCAGUCCUCAGAUCUGCACCAUCCUUUAUAAUCUUUUUGCCUUCAUUUGUUGGAACAUCCUGGUGGUUCUGGGUCUUUUUUUUUUUUUUUUAAUGAUUUUUCUUAGUUUUCCAUUUAAUAUACAAUCACACCAUUAUUAUGCACUUUACGUCUCUGGCUCUUUAGAGCCCUUCGACUUCCUUCCCUCCCGCCUUGUGGGUUUGAUAAUUAACCUUUAUAUUAUUGCAUUUUGUACAUUUUCCAAUUGUAAUAAAUUCCUUACCCCAAAAACUCAAAAUUUAAAUAAAUAUAAAAAGGGAGAAAAUUUCUCAUUACAAGUCAUCAGACAACGCUGCUAGUGAUGUUAAUUGCUUACAAUUAAUCUUUUAAAUAUCCUGUAAAUGUACUCCAGUCUUUUUGGAAUACUUGAUCAUGCUGGUUUCGGAUUUUUCCUUUAGCUUUGCCAGUUCCAGAAUCCAUCAUUUUCAUCUGCCUCUCUUCUUUUGUUGGUACUUCUUGUAUUUUCCAUUUUUGAAAAAAUGAAAACUUGUGGUUCUGGGUCUUGAUUCAGCAGAUCAUAUACUCUUCUCUCUACCUCCCCCCGAAAAUCUGACCUGUGGUACUAAUUCAUUGCAACAAAUCUUUGUAAAGAAGUGCUUCCACCAUUUCCCUCUUUGUUAUUCCUAUAUCUUUGAAGCAAGCACUGAAGAAGGAAAGCUGCCAAAUAAUAUUGGGGUAAAAUAAGAGCUACUUGUGAGCAGAUUAAAAUUAUACAUUUGGGACAGUGUCUGCAGACUUCAGUGCAGAGGAAAGAAGCUUUGCUGCACACAUACUCUCAAGAGUACCACUUCUCUGACAUCCUAAAACAUAUUCUUACCAUUUUAUACACACUGUGGAGUCUUAUCAGGCCAUUGAUCCAGAGUAGAAUAACCUGCAUUGCAUGGGUACCCUCCUUUGUCUAGAUGAAAACCUCUUUCCACCACUUGGAUCACCUGUAUAACUCAAUCACCCGUAUCUUCCAGAUAAUCGUUAUGUACCUUCAGGUAUUAGAAUGUGAACGUAACCAACACCUGGUCCAGACCUCAUGGUAAGUUGAUGUUUCUUGUUUUUAUUGAGGCCAGCGGGGCAGUGGCAAAAAUAUGUCAUGUGUGGGGUCAGUACUUUUCUCCUCCACUCAUGUUCGUGGCAUGAGUAUGGUUCCAGUCUUAGCCUGGAAUGCUGCUUCUAUCACCCCAAGUUGACGGGCCUCUUUGUUAAAGAUUCAGACACUCUUAAAUGGUAAGAGAGCUUUACACCCUCACAAACGCACCCUUUGCUCUUUCUUCCUUUUACUCCUGCCCAUUCAAGUUACUGCUCAGGAGCAGGGCGUGAAGGCACCCGCCCUCCCCUGUUUGCCCAACAGCAUGUGUCAUUCAGAAGUAUGCUGCCUCUGAAUAAGGGGUUAACCAUAGAUCUACCCCCUUCAUUCCUAGUGUGGGGAGGUGGACACUUCUGCCAUGCCAUCAUUUUACUUGAAAAUUAUUGUAAAAACAACCCUGCUCAUACAGUUUUCAGCUUCUUGAUAUUGUUUAUGCAAUAUAUUGUGUCCAUAUGUAGUCUAUCUGCCCCUUUCUUGAUAUGGGUUUAUAUUAACUAUCCCCCCACCCCCGCGCUCCCAAGAAAGCAUACAUUGACAAAUGGUAACCUGUGAAAACUGACAUGAUGUAAAAAUUGACCUGAAAGCAAACUUUGUGUUUCUACUAACUAAAACUGUCUGGCUGUUUUGAAAGAGAACCUCUUUUGACUCUUCUUUUCUGUACUCUUUUGAUCAAAGGGUAGCCUCUGAGGGUAAGUGACUAAGACUUCUCCUCUGCUGCCCAAGCGCUAUGGUGCAGGGAUAACUGCCGUCUUCAGUCAAACCCAAGCAGGCUCCACAGAGAGAAGGCUGGCUCUAGACAGGUGGUAUGCGUACACAAGUCGAGUUAAAACUGGCCGACUGCUGCUUGUGAUUUUUUUUUUUAACUUGUUAAAUUUUAUUUGUGCAUUUUCCAGAUAAGUCUGUGUUACUGUCAGGAUGCUUUGUUCUCAUUUUAUGCCCUUUUUAAAAAAAACCACAGACUCUCUUAUUAAACUUGGGUUUAAAAUCUUUGUGGGGUUGGGUUUUUAAAAACUUAAUUCAUACUUGAAAGCAUGAGCAUUGCAAUAAGAAGAUAUGUUACUUCAUAGCACCUCAGAUUUUUUCUGUUGUACUUUUUAAACUGUGAGUUUUGGGGUCCUGCACAUAUCUACUUCUGUAUAUCCAGUAAAACUUUGGAUGUAUUUCUGCAGCGGGUUCCUUCCUCCAUGCAUCAUAACAAAUGCUUUUGGAACUUGGAUUAUAUUGUGAGAAACUGCAGUUCAGUGUGGGGAAAUAAAUACAGGACCACCCAGGCAGUCCCUUUGGUUGCACCUAAAAUAGGACUUUCAAGGUCCCUGAAACACUUUUAAAGAAUGAUGUAAGCCUUUAAAGGGCUGGCCUACUCUUCAAAAUCCCAGCUCAUCUGGGUUAGUCUAAAUGGCAGUGGAAACAUUUUGGAUCCAAUUAACCAUAGCAUUUUUUCAAAACCUGCUAAUUGAAGACUAGAAAUCAUUGCUACCCAAAGCCAGAGUCUCCAUAGUCUUCAGCUGCUUUGGUUUUGAACAAAUUAUGUUGCAAUUAUGUGCAUAGCCUGAUUGGGUAUAGUGACAUUGGUCACAUAUUAAUUUGCACCUUUAUUAUAGGCACAAACCAUAGGCCCAUUCCAUUUUACAACUGUUUAAACUUUAUUCUGGGUUUUGUCCACUGUGCAUUUUGGUGUGUUGUAAGGAAUUAUCCUUCAGAUUUUCAUUUUAAGGUCACAGAAAUGCGUGAAAUGUUCUGGCUGGGCUUUGUGCAAUAUUUUUACAGUGCAAUAUUUUUUACAGUUGCCUCAUUCUGUGAACAUUUGUGUUGAGAAACCUUGUUACAGUGGGGCAGUCUGGAAGCGGCCCAAUGACAACCCAUUGAAGAACAUUGAUCCUUCAGCAGUGACAAUAACAGACACCUGAACUGAAUAUCUGUGGCGUUCUCCUGCUCUCUCUAAAAACGAUUUGUGUGUCGGAUGCUUUCCUGAGUGGAGACUGGUCACUCCAAAAGAAGCUUGCGACAGAAGAUUCUGAAUGCUUAGGAAAAGCCCCGUUCCUUCGACAAAGAACUUCUAGCCGGACCUGUGACUUCAGACUGUCCGUUUUCAAGUUUGCAUGUCGCUCUGCGUGACGGGAUAAAACGUAGAUUUUGACAGAAUUCUUCAAAUUAUGCUUCAAAAGUUGUGCCUACCGUAAAAUAAAAUGACUUUUUGAUGUUGUUUUGCAUGAGAACAGGCCAGUAGCUCAUAGCAGGGAGAAAAGUGAAGUUAAAAUUGGUUCUCUUUCAUAAAAUGCCAACAUCCAGUUAAUAAAUACUUGGCAGUUGUUCCUCCCUGUCAAAUCUGUGCACUCCAACUUCUUGUCAGGUUUCACAGGAUGAUCUAGGAUUCAAACAGCUGUAGAAUGCCCUAGACAGCUAGCUACAGUGUACCUUAAAAACAGCAUAGCCAAAGCAGGGGAUUUCAGCAGACUUCUGCAACUUUCCCCCCUCCUCUUUGUUUUCUCAGGAACUACAUGAAUGACAGUCUACGGACAGAUGUCUUUGUAAGGUUCCACCCCGAGAGCAUCGCUUGCGCCUGCAUCUACCUUGCUGCUAGGACCCUGGAGGUUGGUGUUAACCUGGCUCAUGUUAUCCUUGUGGAGUUUUUUCUGCCGCAAUGAGUGUGUUUAAUGAACAAAUGUGGAGGAUUUAAUAGUGGCUGCCUUUUUAUUUCUGCUCUCAUGUGCAGAAGGAAAAUGGUGACUUACGUAGACAUUUUCCCCUUUCCCAAUUCAGUACCCUCUUUCAUACACAGAAGGAAAGUGGGAGCUCAGACCUAAGGAGAAAGGUUGCCUUGAUGUAAAUCACACCACUUAAACUCCUUCACAACCACCCAUCUCCUUGGUUAUAAACAGUAAAAGGCUAAGAGAGUGAUUAUUGUCUGAAAGGUGAAGUGAUCCUUAGAGUGAUUUUGAAUGGGUUGGGGUUUUUUGGUGACUAAUGGUGAACGGUGUCUUGCUUACAGAUUCCACUUCCAAACCGCCCUCACUGGUUCCUGCUGUUUGGAGCUACGGAAGAGGAAAUCCAGGAGAUAUGCACGAAAAUUUUGCAAUUAUACACACGUAAAAAGGUUGGUCCUGCUUAUUUUUCAAACGGGUGGGAAAGCACACUGGCGUGUUUUUAAGACUUCAGGGCACAUAUUUUCCAAGUUCUGGGGACCAGAAUCUAAACUUCUUUUUUCAUCUUGAGUACCUGGAGGAUUUUGUUCCAUCCUCCCUGCCACACAGAUUUGGGAUUUGUGUAGCAGCCCAAAUUCUGCAUAUAAUAAUAGCAAUAUUGCUUAAUAAAGAAGGUAACCUUGCCAGUAGCACGUCUCUAAAAGUGCCUGGUGUUUUUUUCCUUUGCCUUACCUCGCAUUUUCCAUUGUAAGCCUUUGGGGGAAAGCCUGUCUAUGCAAUGCUCUUAUGUAGGUGCCAGAUCAAUAUUUUGCUAAAGCACACACCCGUUUCCACAGGUUGAUCUAGCUAUCCUGGAAAGCCGAGUAGAGAAGAAAAAGCUCGCCAUCGAAGAGGCAAAAGCGCAAGCCAAAGGCCUCUUACCAGAUGGAACACCCAAUUUGGAUACCGUGUCGGGGUUUUCUCCUGCUCCCAAAACUGGUUGGUAUCCCUGGUCCCGUAUGUGUGGUUCCUCACACUAUCUCAGGAUAGCCAGGAAUAUGGGUGCAGUAUCAUUUUUGAAUGCCCUCCCACCAUCAAAACAAAACUCCUUGCGAAUGGAAAACUACCCUAGCACUGGGAAGGUUCUAGUUCUUUAUAUGCAGUGCUGGUUUCUCCUUGCAAGGAGUUAUUAGGUAGAGCAUUAAGAAACAGACCCCCAAACUAAACCUGUGCAUGUCAUUCAUUGCGCUGCCUACCUGCUCUGUGUUGGCCAGGCCUAAUUUCUCUAGAUAUGGGACGAAUCCUCCCAUCCUUAUUAAGGUUUAGGCCUUAAUUGUACCAAAGUAGAUGUCUGCUCACAUGUGCUGCCUUUUAUAGGAGGAGGAUGACUUUAGGCCUCACUUCAGCACAGUGACCCAAUUGAAAUUGAUGGCUGGGCAUGUAGGCAGCCGGUACAGCAUUCCAUCUGGUUGGUGUCUCAUUUAAAUCUGGUUCUCUGCAGCUGCACAUGCAAAAUGAAAUGCCUUCCCAGGCUAAAGUAAUGAUAAACAAAUGGGUGGCGGCAACCUAGUUUUAAAGGAGCUGUCAGCCACAUGGAAUGUCACACAGGUAAAUUACACAUGCAGGAUCACAAUUGAAGUUGUAUCCCAUUUAGCAUGUAUGCUGCAUCCUAACAUGCUAAGUAAAGUAGGACCUGUUGUUGUCUUGAUAGUAGUUGUCAGCCUUUCUGAUCAAAGCUCUCAUUAUGGUGAACUUGCAGAUUUGUGUCAGCACUCCUGACUUUAAUUUUUCCAGGGUUUUUCUGGACAUGGAACAUUGUAAUCUGAAGGCCCUGUCUUAUCGCCAAUGCUGGCCCUACACUGAAUAUACCCACUGAAUUUCCUGGACAUGGUUGACUAUGGUCCAUUCAUUUCAGUGGGUCUACUCUGAGUAGAACUUACUUGGGUAUGACCCCCUAUCUGUAAAAGUGCAUUAUGGGUGAUGGCACAUAGAAGCAUGUCAUCCCUUAAGUUUUGACUGUACUUUUCUCUUACACAUCUCUAGAGUCUCCAAAGGAAAAUAAAGGCACCAAGCCUUCCCCACUUGCUGUGCAGGUGGUAAAAAACGCCAAGCGGAAAAUGGAAGCGACGAAGCGGAUGAAAUCCAACAGUCCUGUCAAUGGGUAAGGGCCUUGCACGAUAAACUGGUCUCUUUUCCGCCCUGUAUCUAUUUCUUUGAAUGCUUUUGCAGCAGUGCAGGUCUGUAGCACUGCUCCAUAAGGCCAUGAGGGACUGUAGGCAUGGCUUUGGCAUAGUCAAAGCUUCUUUCCAGGGCUACUGCCUCCUGUCUGACUUAAAUUACGUUGUGGGCAAAAGAUGGUCUCUGAGCCUCUUUGGGGCGAUAUUAGCACAGGCAAAAGUAGCUUUAAGUAUUUGGGACACGCUUUCUGGAAACCCAGGUCAUCACAUCUCUAGGUCAUAUUGAGAUAACUGUGACCUGCUUCUGUUAACUUUAUCCUAGCCUUAUUGUGACAGUGUUGCCCCAGAAGUGGGUUAUCCUGAUUUUUUUGCCUUGGGCAUAUGUGUACCUAGGUUGAGGGUCUGACUGGUCCACUUGUUGCUUUGACAUCAAAUUCUCUUGCUUUAACCUUCCAGCGUUCAGAAAGGCAGAGACAGCCGGAGUCGGAGUGGAAGUAGAGACCAGAGUUAUUCCAGGUCUCCCUCAAGGUCACCAUCUCCAAAGCAGAGGUAUGUACUGCAGUGCCCUCUGGAAGGGACUAGAGUUCCAACUCUACCAAUACCCAAGCUGGGAAGAGAGCAACCCCGUACCUCUCUAGAGCAGCGUCUCAGGUGAAUGUAGUGGUAGUGAUUGGCCAGCACUCUGUCUCUGGCAUUUCAGAUGAUUUUGGGGCCUUGUCCUCACAGAGGCUGCAACACUUGGCUCUGUAUUCCACCACAGAAAGAGAAUCUCUGCAUUUAGGGAAAAGCAUUCCUGUUAAAUGUCACAGGGGAAAGGGAUUUACCCUAGACUUUUCCUUGACCUGCUAGUUUUCCAUGUGUUUGAUUCGGUCAAACAAGACCAUAGCAUUGCUUGCUUCACCCGUUAGUGUAGAUAUAAAAGGAGACGUUGAAACAGGCAUUUUAAUUUCCAGCAUGGAUUUAAAAGCUGUGAGGGAGGGUAGAUCUUAGCUUGGCAAACACCUGGUCCUCAUUUGCUGAAAUCAUGGGGAACAUGUCUGGUGAUAGGCACAAUUGCUUGGUGAUCUGCAGGCCAACCACAUUAAGCCCAGAGACUCUGCUUCUCUCUUCCCCAAGCCCCACUGUUGCCAGAGCUACAGCAGUAUUUCAGCCAUUGCAAUGUUUCUGCUGCACCUGAUGAUGAUGACAAUAUCAAUUAAUGUCAAAGCGUGCCUGAUCUGAGCUACAGCUCUGUGAUAGGACCUGGAGCACCCAUCCGCAGGUGCCUAGGAAUGCUGUUGUCCCUGUGGGGUGUUCUUGUUCCACGAUUGGAGCCACAGGGUUGUCUUUCCCAAAUUUGCUAGCAAACUGAAGCCUUUUCCCCCUUGUCCCCUCCACCAGGAAGAGUGAAAGCUAUUCCCCAUCGAGCGGCUCCAAAUCCCACAGCCGCUCGAGGAGCCGAAGUGACUCUCCCCCGCGGCAGUUCAACCAUGGCAGCUCGAGCUACAAAGCCUCCAAGAUGAGGAGCUACAAGAAGGCCAAGGGGUACAAAUACACCUCUCCCAAGCAGCGGAAAUCCCGCAGCAGGAGCUCGUCACGGUCCCGGAGCCGCUCGCGAGAACGCUCUGACCACUCUGGGAAGUACAAGAAGAAGAGCCACUACUACAGGGAUCAGAGGCCCGAGCGGCCCCACUCCUACGAGAGGCCAGGCCACCGCUAUGAGAGGGAGCACCCAGGGCACAGCCGGCAUCGUAGAUGAGCAGGACCAGAGAACAGACUACACGAGCUCUCGCUCUGUCUUCCGGGGGCUCACAGACUUAAAACUCUUGGUGCCUGCUUGGUGCAAGGAAGGAUAGUUAGAAGGACUUAAUUGUGACAUGUCCCAUUUACUAUGGUUGGGGGUUUUUUGGAGGGGCAGGUAUCUUUUGAGUCUCCUCAUAAUGUGGGAGAGCCUCCCUCUCUUUCUGGAUCAUCUGUCUGUGUUCGACAGGCGAUGCUCCUUUGCUGCUACAGAAGCAGGACUGUUUCCAAAUAAUAUAGGACUCUGUGGAGAGAAUUGCCUUAUGAGGCUGGUCAGAGUGUUCAGACAUUGCCCUUCCCAGCCCCAAAGGAUUUUGGACACUCAGACCAUACAGCGUUGCUUGGUGCUAACAGCAGUCCUUGUUCGUUUAUUUCGCAGUGGACUUGAUUGCGUUGUAGAACACAAGGGGAUUUUUUUUUUUUAAUUUUAUAAGAAUCGAUGCCUAUAUUAGGCGGCCUUUUUGUGUGUGUAUAUAUAUCUGGUGUUGGAACAGUAAGGACAGAGAAAGGCCUUAACCUGUUGAAUUUCACCCACAAAGUGCAAAUGCAUUGAAUUAAAUGGGGGGGGGCUUUGUAACCUGCAUACUGAAUAUUGAGAAAUUUAAAUUCCUCAACUAAAGACUUCUCCUCACCCCCUUCUUUCUUUUUGCAUAAAGAACUCUGUGGAAAUGUGAAAGUAUUUAGAUUCAGUGUGUUGGAAGUUGUCUAUUUUUUAAAACGUGGUGAAAUGCCUGGUGCUGGCCACCAGCUCAGGACUUCGGAUGCUUUCAUAUAAUAUAACGUUUUAUGUGGUUUAGAUAAACUCUCUACUCAGGAUCUUUAAAAACUCUUGAAGAACUGAUAGUUUGCCCUCCCGUUGCUUGCUUAUAAGAAGGUGUUUAUAUUAAGAGAGAAAUUGUAUGCAGCGCAGGAAUAUCCGUUUUAGUGGUAUAUCUGAGCUGUCUUCCUGUUCCCAGAUUUUCAUUAAAGUAUUUGAUUUUAUAUUUAAAAACC